GUGGAGGACGUUGGUCCUCCGGCGUUGGAGAGCGCGGAAUCGUGGAGUAGAGCGAGCCGACGACGCACCGUCCAGGUCGUGCUCCUCGUCGCGGCUCCUGUUCUCUUCAUCGCGGCGGUUUCGUUCGGGUUGAAUGGACGAGGGUACCAAGUGCAGAGUGCCGAUCGGCGACGCCUGCGUGUCUAUGCGCGUGUGCUUCGACUCCUUGUGCUUCUCGUCGACGCAGCAGCGGCUCGCCGACGAGGAGGACGCUCCACAGCUGCCGACGCACGGCGCCGUGGCCGUGGUCGCGGCUGGCCAGAGGGCCAUCUCGAACGUCACCGGAGCGACCGCGAUUACAGCGAUGGGCACCCUCCGCGAGCUGCAGGAGUUACUCCGCGUCAAGGACGAGAGGAUCGCCGAGCUGGAGGCGCUCCUCUGUCGUCGCGACGCCGAGAUCCAAGAGUUACGGAGCCACCUGGACAAGUUCCUGAGCGUGUUGCCGUUCAAAUCGCCGCUGACACCGACCAAACCCAGGCCCAGGAAGCAGCGAGCGCAGGGGAUCUCCGCGGAACCACCGCUCCAGGAGUUCGCUGCGUUGACGGUCGUCGACAAGAGCGACAGGUCUCGUGAGCUGAUCAAAGCGGCCAUUUUGGACAAUGACUUCAUGAAGAACCUGGAGCUGACGCAAAUCAGGGAGAUCGUGGAUUGCAUGUAUCCUGUUACUUUUUCAGCUGGGUCUACUAUUAUAAGAGAAGGAGAUGUUGGCUCCAUUGUAUAUGUUAUGGAAGAGGGUAAAGUGGAGGUGUCACGCGAUGACAAAUACUUGAGCACUCUGGCACCAGGAAAGGUACUAGGCGAGCUAGCAAUUCUCUACAACUGCAAGAGAACAGCAACCAUAACAGCUGCUACCGAUUGCCAACUAUGGGCCAUCGACCGACAAUGCUUCCAAACAAUUAUGAUGAGAACCGGCCUCUCGAGGCAGGCCGAGUACACGGACUUCUUGAAGAGCGUUCCGAUCUUCAAAAACUUACCCGAAGAGACUCUCAUCAAGAUCUCCGACGUCCUAGAGGAGACUUUCUACAACAACGGCGAUUACAUAAUCAGACAAGGAGCGAGGGGGGACACGUUUUUCAUAAUCAGCAGAGGACAAGUUCGCGUAACGAUCAAGCAACCCGAUACUCCGGAAGAAAAGUACAUCAGGACGUUAGGGAAAGGUGAUUUCUUUGGCGAAAAAGCACUGCAAGGAGACGACCUGAGGACGGCCAACAUAAUCGCCGACGAUCCAGAAGGAGUGAGUUGCUUGGUGAUAGAUCGCGAAACGUUUAACCAAUUAAUCUCGUCGCUGGACGAAAUUCGUACGCGAUACAAAGACGAGCUCGUCGAACGUCGAAGGUUGAACGAGGAAUUCAGAGACUUAAGGCUGCAAGAUCUUCGACCGCUGGCCACCCUGGGCGUGGGUGGUUUCGGAAGAGUCGAAUUAGUUCAAAUAGCCGGCGACGGUACGAGAUCCUUCGCCCUGAAGCAGAUGAAGAAGGCACAGAUCGUAGAAACGCGACAGCAACAACAUAUCAUGUCCGAAAAGAGAAUAAUGGGCGAGGCUGAUUGCGACUUCAUCGUAAAGCUGUUCAAGACCUUCAAAGACCGGAAAUACCUCUACAUGUUGAUGGAAGCUUGCCUUGGUGGUGAACUGUGGACCGUGCUCAGGGACAAAGGACAUUUUGAUGAUGGCACGACGCGGUUUUACACCGCCUGUGUUGUGGAGGCGUUCGAUUAUCUUCAUUCGAGGAACAUCAUUUACAGGGAUCUCAAACCGGAGAAUCUGUUGCUUGAUAGCCAAGGAUACGUUAAACUGGUCGAUUUCGGAUUUGCCAAGCGUUUGGAUCACGGAAGGAAGACGUGGACCUUCUGUGGAACACCGGAAUAUGUCGCACCGGAAAUUAUCUUAAAUAAGGGACACGAUAUCAGUGCUGACUACUGGUCCUUAGGUGUUCUCAUGUUCGAACUGCUUACGGGCACGCCACCCUUCACUGGAGGCGAUCCAAUGAAGACUUACAAUAUUAUUCUGAAGGGAAUUGACGCCAUUGAGUUCCCACGAUCCAUCACGCGAAAUGCGACUGCGUUAAUCAAAAAGCUUUGCAGGGACAAUGCAGCGGAGCGUCUUGGUUACCAAAAGGGUGGAAUUAGCGAAAUACAAAAGCACAAAUGGUUCGAUGGUUUCAACUGGGAAGGUCUAAGAGCAAGGACCUUAGAGCCUCCGAUCAUGCCAAGAGUGCAAAACCCUACAGACACAGCGAACUUCGACGAGUACCCUCCAGAUUCCGACCCACCACCACCCGACGAUGUCUCAGGAUGGGACAAUGACUUCUAAUCGCUUGAAUCAUUUAUUUAAAACAGAUAUCGUUAUUUUUGGACAAAAUAUCGAGUCUCAAUUCAUGUUCGAAUGAUCGUGAGACGAUCGAGAAAUCGUUAAGGUGACCUAUUUGCAUUUAUUCAACGAAACUAACACUGUACAAUGUAUAGACGAUUAUCUAGUAACAUCAUUUAAAAAUGAUACUGGCCUGAGAAGAGAACGUAGGUCAUCGUAGGUCAAGUUUUCAACGACUUCCGAUGUCUGUUACACGAUCUAAGGAUCCAAACGAUCCGUCGAUAAGAGGACCAGAGGUUGGCCUUACAAUUUCAUCAUCAGAAACACGAAUUGUCCAGACGCCGCCUCGGAACACGUGAUCAACGUAAAUUGAACGCGCGUUUGAUUUAGAGAAAUAUUUAGACGCAUUCGGCGAAAAUGAUAAUCGAACGCGGCAUUGUAAGACGCGAACGAAUGCGUCAAGUGCCAUACCUGACAAAGGUAAAGUCGACUACCGUUAUGUGUGUACAGAAAUCAUCCACGAGAACGUGCACGAAAAUGUAGUCAGCUCAAUCGUAAUGGACGUCUUGCCAUCGAACUCGUCAACUCGUGCACGCGAUAUCGCGGGAAGAACCCACGGAUUCUUAGCGUCCGAUUUUAUUGUUGUUUGAUCCACUUUAUAGUUUAUUGUAAUAAUUCUAUUUUAAUUAAUUAUGCGAAAAUGUGACCCUUGUAAAUAAUUCAUUAUAAAUAAGUAAA